AUGAAGCCUCAUCGCGCCCGCAGAUUCCUCCGGAAGGUAUUGGAAUUCUUCCAUUUAUCUUCUUCCUCAACCAAGCGGGUCAAAGCUCGUAACAGCGCGAAGCUGUGGUGUGGUGCUACCACCACACCUCCUCUUCGCAGAAUUUGCGUUGCCCGAGGAUGCAACCAGGCUGGAGUGGAUGGUCAAGUUGAUGAUCCUCCUCAGUAUACCACCGUUGACGGUGCAGCUUUUGAAAAGCCGGCUUCAACCCGCAGCCAACUGGAGUGUCGCAUCGUGAAACUCUGGAAGAAAGUCUGGUUGGGUCUUUAUCAGAUAGAUGACAACGAGGAUCGAUAUCAUGUCGAACGACUCGAGGCCCUUUCUCUUGGGGCUGGGUUGACUCGCACAUAUCGAGUUGGUGAGCUUCAAGUUCUCCGGCGUCAUUUUCUUCGAAGCGAGACCAACAACGCUAUUGCAUCGAUGAAGCUUUUCCAGGGUCUGUCUCUUUCGACCCUCUUAUCUGUGAUCCACAUUUUGGAGGCUUAUGAAAGUGAAAUUGAGAACAUGAGCCUCCUCUAUUCCAUCUUGCGAAGCGCUCAGCUUGCACUGCACCAAACUGCAGACCUAGCUCAAACUGCUGUUGUCAGAACUGAGUAUAUUGCAAUUGCAGAGCCGAUGGAGAAGCGCAUCAGACAGUACGAUAUUCGAAUGAAUGUGGUGAAUAUGCAAAUUUGUGAUGAGGCAAUGGGUUUCUAUGAGCGACAAAAGGGGGAAUAUAUUUAUCACAAGGCAUUCCCGAAUGAGUGGUAG